AUGGAAGAUGGAGAAACUUUCCCUAAUGUUGGAAUUACGAAUAUCGUAUUUUCUGAUUCAUCUUCAGACCUAUCAAGUCCCCAAGAAGUGGGUGAAAAUACUACUCCUGUUGCUAUAACUGUACCGUAUAUAGACCAAAGUGGAGGACAAUAUAGUUCACCUGGGCUAGGAGGAGAAUCCUGGAUGAACAACAUUUAUAGAGGAUAUUCUGGUUCGCCUUUUAUCAUUUAUGGUGGAGAUUUCGUCGUUUAUGAUGCAGCAGGAUAUGAAGAGUAUAGAGUUACUGCCCCUGGUGUUGAAAUAAUUGAAGAAUCUCCAUCCUAUAACACGUCAACAGGAAAUGAGAGACAACCUAUUUGUGUAGAGAUGGAAGCCCCUAUAUACACAAAAUCUGGAAAUCUAGAUGGAACACUCUCUGGAUCUGGCGAGGGGCAUUCAGAUAAUUUUGAAUUAAGCUAUAAUACUUCGUCGAACAUUACGUAUGGUGCUAACGCUAUUAUUGACGAAGAUUACGGUACAGGGGGACAUGUUAUACAUGGAAAUGCUGAUCUUAUUUUGGAACUUAUUGAAUCAUCACCCUAUGACUCAUUGUCCGGAACGAAUGCAUUAAAUGUGACUGAAGAAGAAAAUUCUCCUCCAGUUUUGGAUAUACAUCCUUCUACAAACAAGUACAAAGUCACGAGAGAAAAGGCAUUGUAUGGAUCAGAAGGGUCCUCACAAUAUAUUAAUCUGGAAUAUGCUCAUUCUUCAUCUGAGGUUAUGGCUGGAAAUAGUAUUGUUGAGGAGAUUUACGAUACAGCGGAAUAUAAGGAACAUGGAUAUGUUUCUUCUAUAGCAGAAAUAGAGGAGAUAUCUUCUACAUCAUGUGAUUUAUAUGGCACCUCAGAUGAUGAAUGCUCCACAUCAUUUACAGAUUUUGAAUCCAAAAACAUACGGAUAGAAUCUGGAGAGAAUAACCUAGGUAAUUCGCCUCAAGCCGGAAAACUAUCUGGACUGUAUGGAGAGUCUUCGUAUUCAACCGUUCAUUUCAAUGAUUACCAGAUCGAUUUUUAUUCAUAUGGAAAUGAUAUAAUCUUAGGUAGUCAUAGCCCGAUCUAUUCCACUGAUGGAAUGGAAAAAAAUCCCUAUUCUGUUGAAGAGUAUCUACCAGGGGAAAAUGAUGAUCUUGUGGAUAUACACAUCGAAAGUGCCUUACCAAAGGAAUCCGGCGCACCUUAUACCCCAACGCUUCCUGUAUGUACUGCAGAGCCACCCAUUACUUGCUGUUGGUGGUGGUAUCAUCUUUUAUGGGUCAUAAUAGUUUUACUUGUUAUUAUUCUGGUAUGCGUUUUGUGUAGAAGAUCAAGAAAAGUCUUGAUUGUCAAGGUAUAG